AUGGUCAACCUGGUUAAGAUCCUCGCGGCUACUGUAGUGCCGUUCCUCUUCACAGUUUCCACGACCGCAAGUAGACUCGAGAUUACAGCGACUCGAAACUUGAAUUGCGGCGCCGGAGACAACAAGGUGACAAAUGGAUAUGUUCACUUGGACCAAGGCAAUUUGUUCUUCUCUCUCUUCGAAGGGAAGGGGCAGGCCAAAAACAACGGCUUGGUGAUCCAAUUUGAAGGUGGUCCUGGAGCAUCAGCCUUUGAUUAUCCCUUCAUCGGAGCUGGUCCUUGUCAGUUGACACAGGGGGGUGACGCUACUAUCUCCGGUCUCUCUCCCGCUCCUCACCCAUGGACGAACUACGGAAAUUUGCUAGCAGUCGACUUUCCUGUCGGUACUGGCUGGUCGUACAACACAAGCAACCAAAGUCCCGCUAGUACCUCGGAUAAAGCUGCCGAAGACUUCGACGACUUCUUACAGAUAAUUUUGCAAAAAUAUCCCCAAUUUCAAAAACAACCCUUAAUCCUUUCUACGCUCUCUUACGGAGGUACCACUGGCUCACACAUUGCUUCCACUGUAUUAUCGCGAAACAAAGCCGCAAAGGCCAAGGGGCAGUCUUCCCGAAUUAUCAAAUACUUUGACCAGCUCCUUUUUGGCAAUCCCUUUGCGGAUGCUAUGGGUGACAUCUACGGCAACUGGGAUACCCUGUGCAAUGUGGAGCCUCGAGCAUACAAUGAGACUAUCUGUUCUCAUUGGCGUGAUGGCUUGACUACUUGUCUCGAUAAACUCCGUUACGUUUAUGACGUAGAAACGUCUAAAGACCUUCGAAUAGAUGCAAGACAAUCGUGUGUCAAAUCAGUCGAUAUUCUUUGGGGUGCUCCAGCCUUUAACCGAUAUAAUCGAAAGGAGCCACAUUGUUAUCCUACAAACCUUUGUUUCUGGUGGAACGCCCCUUUAACUACUUUGAUGAACAGUAAAGAUAUGCGAGAUUGGCUCGGUGUCACUAACGAUAUCACACAAUGGUGGUAUGCUGGAGCUGCGAUGGUCAGAUUCGCUAAUAGCGGUGACAAUAUGCAAAACGCCUAUAAACUCCUUCAACCUGUUCUAGAAUCUGGAACGAGGUUACUUGCUUACAGCGGUCUUGAAGAUACUGUCGUACCAUAUAACGGCACCCUUUCUUGGAUGAAACGGCUACCCAACCCCCUCCUCGCCGAAUUUAGGUCGGCCGAAACUCAAGGGUUUUCCAAUGACAUUUUUGCAGGUACCGUCAUUAACCCCGGAUCAGCCUACAGUUUGAUUGGGAUCUCCGAAGCUGGACAUAUUGUCCAGCAAACACAUGCAGCUGUAACCCAACAAAUGGUUAAGUAUGCCUUGCAAGGAAAGAAUUAUAACCCUCUCAAGAACUAG